AUGGACUAUGCUACAUCUCCGAUGAUCAACGGCCGCCAGCAGGGCCGACUAACACCCGACCUCAGUCAUUCAAGCAACGUGGUGACCAUCCCUGAUCAUGAUCCUCAGCAGAAUACCACAGGGGCUGCCAUCGCCAAGCUGGAAGACAUUCUCGUCGCCGUCCGAGAGUCACUGUCUAGAAAUGAAGAGAUGUCUAUUCCCUACAGAUCUCGCCCCUCUUCGGCUAGUCGAUCAGCAGCCGACCAAGCCCGCUCUCGAACUCCCCGGUCUGCUGUUCGCUUUCCUGGCCGGACGGUCCACGAAGCCACCAAGUUCAGCCGAUUGAUGCGGAUCCUCCAAAUGUCUCUCUGCGCCCUCAUGGCAGGCCGCACCAUCACCAAGAGGAACAUCUACUAUCAAGAUGAGGAUCUUUUCAAGAAGCAAAGCGUCGUCGACAAUCUCGUUGAUGAUCUAGCCUACACCCUCGGGCUUGGUCGGGAGGACCUUGGUAUCGUUGCUACUGGUAAAGGCUUGGUCGCAGGUCCGAUUCUGAUUCGUGCAAAGACCCAUCACGCUUUCAAUUCGUCCUCGGAGGCGCCACCCAAUCUCGACGCAUCUUCGAGCGCAGCCGGGGUCCUCAUACCUCCGGCAAGGGACAUCUCCCAGAUUGACUUCGGCCACGCGCGAUGGGUGCUAGCAACGUUUCGUACGCUGGCCGCCGCUAGAUACUGGGAGACAUCUACCUGCGGAAGCGGCAUUCUUGUCACGGGCAAAGGCUAUCCAGACUUGCUCACCAAGCAAUUCCUCCACCUCAUCCAUGACGUGAAGCCAGAGCUUCCAAUCAUGGCCCUUGUGGACUACGAUUCGGAUGGCAUUGCCAUCAUGCGCUGUUACAGCCAUGGCUCGCGUGGCCAUGCACACGAAAGAAACACAGUCGUCUCCAGCAUUUCAUGGCUCGGCAUCAAGAGCGGCGACCUUGCCCCUCAAUCGGGCCUGCUCUACUCCCAAGUACAGGUCCUUGCUGGCAGCCAAAGAUCACCUAGAACGAGCCUGUUCGAGCACUCGAGCUCUCUGACAAAAAAGGAUAGGAAAUCAGCUGCCAGGAUUAUCAUGGAGAUUGGAGAAGACGGCGCUGAUUGCGACAUUAUGUGCAGACGGGAGCUGCAGGUGAUGUUGUUUCUGAGUAUCAAGGCCGAGAUUCAAGCCGUGGAUGACGCCGGUGACAUGUCGAGUUGGCUUGACAGAAACAUGGGGGAUCACUUAUUCACUAAUUAG